UUCCGGCGGAGAGCGGAAGUUGUUACUUUUUUUUAAGUCCGUGUGAUCAAAGGAAAACAGUCAGCUAAGAACUCGCGCUGAUGCACAGGAUUCUAGGUGUUGGACCAGAACGGAACCAGCAUGUUUGCGGGUCUACCGGAGCUCGGGAUCGCUAACGGGGAGGAUCUCAAAGAAACCCUCACUAACUGCACGGAGCCUCUGAAAGCCAUCGAUCAGUUUCAGAUGGAGAAUGGCAUCCUGCUGCCGACGCUCCAGUCCGCUCUGCCCUUCCUGGACCUCCACGGGACGCCCCGGCUAGAGUUCCAUCAGUCUGUGUUUGACGAGCUUCGGGACAAGCUGAUGGAGCGCGUUGCCACCAUCGCUGAGGGAAAAGAGGACGACAGGUAUGUGAAGCUGGAGGAGCUGCUGGAGAAGAGCUUUCCUCUUGUUAAGAUGCCCUCCAUCCAGCCGGUGGUGAUGCAGGUGCUGAAGCAUCUGCCCAAGGUACCAGAGAAGAAGCUGAAGCUGGUCAUGGCUGACAAAGAGCUGUACAAGGUGUGUGCUGUGCAGGUGAAGAGGCAGAUCUGGCAGGACAACCAGGCUCUGUUUGGGGACGAGGUGUCCCCGCUCCUAAAGCAGUACAUCGUGGAAAAGGAAGCCGCUCUGUUCAGCAGCGACCUCUCCAUCCUCCACAACUUCUUCAGCUCUUCUCCUAAAGCCCGGCGCCAAGGCGAGGUGGUGCUGAGGCUGACCCAGAUGAUCGGUAAAAAUGUGAAGCUGUACGACAUGGUGCUACAGUUUCUUCGAACGCUCUUCCUGCGAACACGAAACGUUCACUACUGCACGCUGAGAGCCGAGCUGCUCAUGUCCCUCCACGACCUGGACAUCAGUGAGAUCUGCUCUGUGGACCCCUGCCACAAGUUCACUUGGUGUUUGGAUGCCUGCAUCCGUGAGAAGUUUGUGGAUGGAAAGCGAGCCAGAGAGCUGCAGGGCUUCCUGGAUGGUGUGAAGAAGGGACAGGAGCAGGUUCUUGGAGACUUGUCCAUGAUCCUUUGUGACCCGUUUGCCAGCAACACCCUGGUUCUGAGUAUCAUCAGGAACUUACAGGAGCUGCUGAGUCAAGAUGCUCUACCACGGGACAGUCCAGACCUGCUGCUGCUGCUGAGGAUGCUGUCUCUGGGACAGGGAGCCUGGGACAUAAUUGACAGCCAGGUCUUCAAAGAGCCUCGUCUGGAUCUGGAGGUGGUGACCCGCUUCCUGCCUGCGAUGAUGACCGUGGUUGUAGAUGAUCACACCUUCAUUGUAGAGCAGAAGCUCCCCAGUGAGGAGAAGACGUCUCUGUCUUACCCCGCCGCCGUCCCAGACGUGUUCAGCAGGUACCUGCAGGACAACAGAGUGGCCUGUGAAAUGGGACUCUACUAUGUUCUCCACAUCGCCAAACUGCGGAACAAGAAUGCCUUGCAGCGGUUGCUGCCAGCUCUGGUGGACACCUACAAUGACAUGGCUUUUGGGGACAUCUUCCUGCACCUUCUGACCGGACAUCUGACCCUGCUCUCGGAUGAGUUUGGAUCUGAAGAGUUUUGUUCUGUCGUCUUUGAUGGUUUCCUUCUCACGUCCUUCUCCAGUAAAGAAAAUGUCCACAGACACAUCCUCCGCAUGCUGCUGCAUCUUCACCAUAAAGUUCUGCCCUCGUGUUUGGAGACGCUGAUGAAAACUCUGGAACCUCCAAAGCAGUGCAGCGAGCCGCUCAAGGAGUUGUACAGUCAGCUGACAGAAAAGCUGGAGGCUCAGAAGAAGACCCCACCCCCCUCAGACGAGGCUCCAUCUCUGGAUCUAGGGCUGCACCCGGUCUCUGUUCCCACCUCCACACCCACCACACCCGUCUGAGACCUGACAGUCUCUCCCGCUGCCUUUCAGAGCGGACGACUCACACGUGUCUGCUGAUUUCCUUGUGCUUGUGUAAUUUCUUUAGAGGUUCGUCUUCCAGCUCUGACGCUGUGACCCAGAGAUUUUCUCUGAAAAUCCUCCUUUUUUAGAAUGUGUGCUCUUGCACUUUUGUUCAGAUCUAAAGUAUUUUCAUACAUCCAUCUGUUUUUGUGUGUAAUAUUUGAACUGUCUAUGUAGCAAGAACCUUGUAAAUAAAGCUAUUUACAAACUC